AUGGGGGAAUGGACCAUCUUGGAGAGGCUGCUGGAAGCCGCGGUGCAGCAGCACUCCACUAUGAUCGGGAGGAUCUUGUUGACUGUGGUGGUGAUCUUCCGGAUCCUCAUUGUGGCUAUUGUGGGGGAGACGGUGUACGAUGAUGAGCAGACCAUGUUUGUGUGCAACACCCUGCAGCCCGGCUGUAACCAGGCCUGCUAUGACCGCGCCUUCCCCAUCUCCCACAUUCGUUACUGGGUCUUCCAGAUCAUAAUGGUUUGUACCCCCAGUCUCUGCUUCAUCACCUACUCUGUGCACCAGUCCGCUAAGCAGCGAGAACGCCGCUACUCUACUGUCUUCCUGGCCCUGGACAGGGAACCCCCUGAGUCCAUGGGGGUUCCUGGAGGAACUGGGAGUGGAGCCAGUGGUGGUGGCAAACGAGAAGAUAAGAAGUUGCAAAAUGCCAUUGUCAAUGGGGUGCUGCAGAACACAGAGAACACCAGCAAGGAGACAGAGCCAGAUUGUUUAGAGGUUAAGGAGCUGACCCCGCACCCAUCAGGGCUGCGCACGGCAGCACGAUCCAAGCUCCGAAGGCAGGAAGGCAUCUCCCGCUUCUACAUUAUCCAAGUGGUGUUCAGAAAUGCCCUGGAGAUUGGGUUUCUGGUAGGCCAAUACUUUCUCUAUGGCUUCAGUGUCCCAGGGUUGUAUGAGUGUGACCGCUACCCCUGCAUUAAGGAAGUGGAAUGUUAUGUGUCCCGGCCUACCGAGAAGACUGUCUUUCUAGUGUUCAUGUUUGCUGUGAGUGGCAUCUGUGUUGUGCUCAACCUGGCUGAACUCAACCACCUGGGAUGGCGCAAGAUCAAGCUGGCUGUGCGAGGGGCCCAGGCCAAGAGGAAGUCCGUCUAUGAGAUUCGCAACAAGGACCUGCCCCGGGUCAGUGUUCCCAAUUUUGGCAGGACUCAGUCCAGCGACUCUGCCUAUGUGUAA